GAUUUAUAAAAGCUUAUGGCGACUUUCCACAUGAUGUCAUUCAUGCAUGAAUACUUUGGGCAUAAAUGGGUGAGAAACCAUCUGUGCUUGUCCAUAAAGAAAAUUCAUAAAACUGGCCACCUUUCCCAUCUCGGCAGAAGAGCAGAAGCCAAAGGCAAAACAACAAUGGGUCAUCAGUUGCUGCAUCUCCUCCUGUCGAUUGCUGUGGUGGCAACGGAUUCUCUACCCUCGUCAAAUGAAGGAACGAACGCGCAAAUUCUGGAGAAAAAUGCGAGAAAUGAUCCCGUUCAGAACGAGACGCUCUGUCCCAAUAUGUUCACGCCAGUAGGGAACACGUGUCUUUCUUUCAUCUUUUUAGUGCAAGAUAUCCGCGCCGCAAGCAAGCAGUUGUGCCAUUCCCUUGGGGGUGAAUUGGCGGCUAUCAAAACUGCAACUCAGCUCCAACAUAUCAUGGAAGAAAUUGAACGAAGAGAACUCGCCCAUGUGAACUUCUGGAUUGAUGGAGCUUUCGAUGGAACAUCUUGGAACUUCACAAACGAAGAGCCUGUCCCAAUGGGAACGCCCUUCUGGUACGCCACUGAAACCAAAGCCAGCCCAAAGAACGACUCCACCCUCAGCUGUGUGAGCAUCACCUCAGACUCCGGUUUCUUGAUGAACGACGUGUCCUGCGAGGAGAAAUACUCGCCCCUUUGUGAGCAUGAGCCUCUUGCGUUUAACCAGCCUGAAGAUCAAGAAAUGGUAAAGGACCUAGAGUCUGGGAGCAUCAGUUGCCCCCCAUUUUUUGUUGAUUUCUCCGGCAACUGUAUAGCAUUCAUUACUUGGUUUAGUGCCUCUUGGACUACAGCUACGGAGACGUGCGUCCUCUUCGCUCCCGAAUCAUCGCUUUUCUUACCCACAGACAUCGAGCUGCUACGAACUAUUUAUCUAUACUUACACGCGGAAGGAAUUGAUGGCAGCAGCUUCUGGAUAGCAGCAUCAGACAAUGGUCACGAGGGCGUGUGGGAGGACACCGAGGGGAAUAUAAUAGAAAUAAAAGCACCGUUUUGGGGAAACAGUGACAAAGAAGGAUUCACUUUGGAACCCGAUGGCAACUCCACAGAAAACUGUCUAGCGCUGACGGCCGAAGGUCAACACUAUUUCAGGGACAAAGACUGUAAUUUAUCUUACAAUUUAUUAUGCACAUCACCACCGAUGAUUAGCUAAAUAGACUCAUUUCAUUCAUCUCAAUCUUGUAUUUUUCAUAAUUUGCUACAGUGUAAGUUGUAUCAGAAUUGUUUACUAAUUAAUGAGCAUACUCCUGUACCUAUAUGUUUCGGUUUUGACAGUUAAUGGGGUCGGGGCGAAAUAUCGCAGUCUAACAAAUAAAGAAAUGUAGUUA